AUGUUGGCGCCAAUUCGUACCAGUGUGAGCCGCACUGUUGCUCGAUCUUCUUCGUCUUCUGUUGGUCGUUUAUCAGCUGGAAUUGGUGCUCGUCGUACUUUGGUUACCAAAGAAGAAAGAUGGGAUUUAAACACAAUCAAACAGGCAAACGAACAAAAUUUAAUUCCUGAUGAAAGUGGAAAAGGUGGAUCUGAUUUAACUUCUUCCAUUCCAAGUUUGGAAGCAAGAUGGGCACAAUUAUCAAAAGAGGAACAAUACGGCAUCUUUCGUCAUUUGGAAGAAUUGCAACGUAAGGAUUGGAAAGAACUAUCGGUAGACCAAAAGAAAGCAGCAUACUUUAUCUCUUUCGGUCCUCAUGGUCCCCGUAAAGCAAUCACCCAACCCGGACAAGCAAUGCGUACAAUGGUCGGUGUUUCCGCCAUCGUUGGUGCUACUGUUGCAGUCUUCUUCGGAAUCAGACACUUCGCUGCUCCACCACCAAAGACAAUGACCAAGGAAUACCAAGAUGCAAUGACCGAAAAGGCAAGAGAAGAGAAAUUGAACCCAAUCUCCGGUAUUUCUUCAGAAGGAUACAAAGGAAAAGGAUACGAACAAAAAUCAUUAGCUUAA